AUGUAUACAGUACUACAUGUAUACACAGUAUCUUUGCCGCUGUCUAGUCUCGGCAAUGUCCUUCGUCAAUCUCGGGUACUACUCCAUAAUAUGCCAUGUACCCAGCUACUAGUAAUACUACACACUAACACCCUCGGCUUGGCAUCGCCUACUUACUCCAUACCCUCCCGCUCUACUUGUGCUUUUUGA